AUGCAGGAUAUGCGGGAUAAACAUACAAGGGUUUGCGGGCCUUCUUUGCCGCGUGCUCUUCGGCCUUGCGCGCACGGCGGGCAGCUGCAGCUGCAGCGUCUGAUUCCUCGUCCCCGGCCUCUUGGCGAGCGGAACCAGGGUUGCCCUCUUGGCGCGAGCGGGGCAUUGGCGAGGGCGGGCCUGAGCCCGGCGACCGGGGUGUUGGCCGCGGCCACGAUGCUAACCAUAUCAGACGGUUUUCCAAGAAAAUUGCAAAAGCGAUACAUACGGCCAUAUCUCUCGCGAGAUUUUGAGCCAUGUUACGGGCUGCCAUCCCGUAGGCUUGUAGAUGCCUACAUUGGGAGGUCCAACGGCUUCGCGUCCUGCAUUACUCACAAUACUAAUGAUUUCGUCAGUAAUUUAUACUAUGCCAGGAUACAUUAUCUCAAGACCUACCAUGGGUGCGAAAAGACUGAGAAUGACGCCUUGAAAAUUGUUCUGACUUGUUCAAGAGAAGAACUGUGGAGAAGGGAAAAUGAUUUCGUUUUGAACUUUGAAGAUGGUUUGUGUGUCGCCUGA